AGACAAACAGACACUUUGCUGGGCAAACACACACCAUCCGAGUCUCUGCACCUGGGUACCAUGGAACAAGAUAUCUCGGCACUCCCACCAACCACAGUGGCAAAUUCCAGCAAGACCACAGAGACCAUGAAGACUGCUCACCUUGCCUCUGCUGUGUUGCUCUUCAUCGCCUUCCUGGUGGGUGUGGUUGGGAACGGGCUGUACCUGUGGGUGCUGGGGCUGAAGAUGAGGAGGACAGUGACCACCCUCUGGUUCCUCCACCUGGUCUCCUGCUACCUCCUCUUCACCCUGCUGAUCCCCUUCUUUGCCAUCUACAUCCUCCUGGAUUUCCGCUGGGUCUUUGGCAUGACCAUGUGCAAGCUUCUUAAUGCCUUUAUUUCCAUGGGCAUGUUCUCCUCCGUCUUCCUUCUCACACUCAUCAGUCUGGACCGCUACACCCUCACUCACCAUCCCAUUUGGUCCCGGAAUCACCGCACCAUGCCCUGGGCUUGGAAGCUGGCUGUGGGAGUGUGGCUGGCCUCCUUCGGUCUCAGCACUCCCUACCUGGCUUUCCGGGAGACCCGCGUGGUGGAUGGGGGCAGGAUAGCCUGCAUCAAUAAUUACAACAUCUCUGGAGACUGGAAUGGAGCCAAGACGCAGGACCUGGGCAGAAGGGUCCACAUGGCAGUCUUCAUGGUCCGGUUCCUGCUGGGUUUCCUGAUGCCCUUCUGCACCAUUGUGGGAUGCUAUGUCCGUGUGGGGCUGAAGAUGAAGGAGAAGAAGCUGGCGUGGGCUGGAAAGCCCUUCAAAGUUAUGGUGGCUGCGAUGGUUUCCUUCUUCCUCGGCUGGCUGCCAUACCACCUCUACCAUGGCUUGAAGCUCUAUGAGAAGGAGGUGCCAGAGUCAGUGACGGGUACCCUCUUGGUCAUUUACACCUUCACGUCCUGCUUCAAUGCCUCCUUCUCCCCCAUCCUUUACCUCUUUGUGGGGGAGAAGUUCUGGAAGGUCUUCAAGACGUCUCUUUUCACUCUGGUCAAUGCAGCUUUUGUUGAUGAUCUCAGCAGCAGUGCCCCUGCGUCUAGUGCAAGACAAGGGUCACAAGUCAAGAACACAAAACAGGAAAUGGUCUGA